UCAGAGCAGCCGAGCUUAGCGUUGUGUUCAGUCCUCAGUGGAAACGGUAAAAAUGUCGUCCCAGAAGGCCGUUCAGCUGUCCCUUGGGGCUGCCCGCUCGCUGAGCACGGGGCUGGCGCGCCUGCAGGCCGCCUCUGCUCAGGGCAUGCUGGUUGCGAGCCAGGGUGCGGCGCAGGUUUCUGAGAAACCUGUGAUGAUGGCCACGCAGGGCCCCAUUCUUGGUGUCACACCCAGCGCCAUCGCAAGCGGGAUCCGCGCCCAGGCUGCUGCGAGCCCCAUGUCGCUGCAUAAGCAGGCAGUUCUGCCGAACUCCCUGGUUCAGGAGCGUGCCAUGAGCGUGCUGGCGGCCUCUAAGAUGGUUGGCGCUGGUUGCGCGACCAUUGCUCUGGCGGGUGUGGGUGCUGGCCUGGGUGUCAUGUUCGGCUCCCUCAUUAACGGCGCAGCACGCAACCCCAACAUCGCCAAGCAGCUGGUGGGCUACGCACUGCUGGGCUUUGCCCUGACGGAGUCUAUUGCCCUGUUCUCGCUGCUGGUCGUCUUCUUGAUUCUCUUCGCGUAAGGGUUUUCGGCAGGUGCAGCAGUUUUCGGACAGGUGUACUUCGCGUGCACGUGCACGGCGUGAUGCUGGAAUGCGGGUGAGGGAAAUGCUUGGCACGGGCGGGCUUCGUCAGAUGCUAAGCCUCACGAAUCUCAUUAAUGGCCGAUUAUGCCUUACGUGGCGAUGACGGGAGCUUAACAACACGGCUGUGAGGCGUGCGAGGGAUAGCUUUGCUGGUGGCGAGGUAUCGUAGAGUAGCAGUCGACGGAAUAUGCCAAUGGGAUGUGGGAUGUAUUGUCUGAUAAGCAUGUCGAACCUGCCUAUUUGCGCUGAGGAUACCAGUCAGUCGAAUGAUCAUACCGCAGUAUGCUUGACCUGUAAGCGCUUCGAAUGAUGGGGGUGCUUAGCCCCAGGUCUUGUCCUUUCGGUCUUGUGUAUAUCCGAUUGUCGGGGAUUUCGUCGGUAGGACACAGUGGUGCCUCUUGUUAAUCCGAUAGCCUCGACGCAACCGAUGCAUGCAUACCCGUGUGCAGCAUACAUGUAAUCUGUCCAGUGAACUAGUUCUAUUUUGCCGUAGGCAUGUGGUGUCCUAUAUCACUUAGACAGUUAAGUUCUGCUUUGUCCGCC